AUGGACCAACAUUCGGAUGGGUUGUAUAAGGGCUUAACGGACUCUGACCUGGAAGUCAAGAAAAAUACGUUGAUGGUCUUGACCCAUUUGAUCCUCAAUGGAAUGAUCAAAGUCAAGGGCCAAUUGGGCGAAAUCGCUAAAUGUAUUAACGAUCCUGAGAAACGUAUCAGUGAUCUCGCGCAACUCUUCUUCGAUGAGUUAUCCAAAAAAGAUCAGAAUGCGAUCUACAAUAAUCUGCCAGAUAUGAUUUCACACUUGUCCGUGGGCAAGCAUGCGGUAGACGCACCAUUAUUUCAAUCAGUGAUGGAUAACAUCUUCAAACAUUUGAAAAAAGAUAAACAAUCUGAAUCGAUUGUCGAAAAACUGUGUCAACGGUUCAGGCUGGUUAGUGAAGUUCGACAAUGGCAAGAUAUCGCUUAUUGUUUGUCUUUGUUGCAAUUUAAGUCGGAGAAGGCUUUGAAAAAAUUGGUCGACGGAUUGCCCUCCUAUCAGGAUAAAUUGUAUGAUCCUGAAGUGUUCAAAAGUUUCGAGGAUAUUUUGACGAAAGUGAAAGCGAAUAAGUGGGCGAAGGAGCAUGCGGAUUUAGUCGAAUUUGAGAAAGCAUUGCGGGCCCAAAAGGAGAAAGGAGAAGAAGACAAACAGAUGGAGAACAAAGUCCAAAAGAAACAAUCGGUUGUUCGCAAACGCCGACAGAAACAAAACAGUAACCAGAGUCCUCCGCCAAGAAAUCGACACGAAAACGAAGACGAGGAUGAAGUGGAUUGGCAGAAUGAGGACCGAGGAUCGAACAAGAAUUCGAAAUCAAAGUCGAAGCCUUCGGUUACUCGUCCUACUCGUUCUACUCGCAAAGGCACUCGGAAAAGAGACGCCACACCUUCUUCCGAUGAAUAGAUUUUUACCCAUGAUUGCUUUUAUCUUUGUAUCAUGAUCUCCAUUGUCGAUUUUUCUAUGCUCAGGGUGUCUUUUCUUUUCUCCAAUGGAAGUCCAUUGCUUUUCUUUGCCCAUACUUUAUCUAUGUAUGCAUAGAUGUUCAUGGAACCCAACUCAUACUUUGAUUUUUCUCCUUGUGUUGUAUUCUUUGUACCACUCUUAUAAUGCUAUAUACGUACCGGGCAAGAAAAAAAAAAAACUUGGAACGUUUGAUCCAAACGAGUCAUGGCACGCUUCCUGACUGGUACUGAAGCUCG